AUCUGUAACUCUCACUUUCAAUGACCCGAAGUUUGUUUUCGACUUUGAAAGACGAAGGCGAAGUUACAACGAAGCCGAAGAAAAAAUUGUUCUCUUCGUUACAACGAUCCUAUUUCUUAACGAAUUAAUUGUGAUAAAUUGUGAUUAAUUUUCUGUAAUUCUCUCAAUGUUUAUAUCGUGUAGUUAAUUGUGAUUAUCUUUUAUAAUUUCCAGUUCCAAUGGAAUAAAUAAUUUAUAAAUCGUCAAACAUUUACAGCAACAAUUAUCGUGUAGUAAAAGAAACCCAUUGAAAAAGGAGAGUAAUUAAAUUUGUCAUCUAUUAACAUUUUCAUUCUCAACAAUUAAUGGACAAUUAAAGUGAUUUAUCAACAAAAUAUCAAAAGUUAUUUACAAUUUAAAUCUAAAUUGUAGUCUCAAGUUGUUGGUCAACAUGGCGAUCAGAUUGAAUUAUAAUCAAAUGGUUAUAAAUAUGAUAACUGUUUUGAUUGUUGUAAAUCAAUUAAUCAAUCAAGUUAAUUCAUUGGCUCCACAAAUUAAGAAUCUAAAUGUUCAAUGUGAUGCAAAUGGGAUGAAAGUUGAUGUCGCUUUUGAUUCACCAUUUAACGGAAUAGUUUUCUCUAAGGGCUUUUACAAUGAUAUGGGCUGCAGAUACAUUGAGGAAAAAUCUGAUUCCUCUUCCCUGUCAUUCAAAAUCCCCGCUGAUCGUUGUGGUACUUCAAUUGUCCGAACCGAUGCCAAAGACUCAAAGCAAUACGAAAAUGUGAUCAUCUUUCAAAACGAUCCGAUCUACCAAGAGGUCUGGGACUCAGCGCGUCUCUUAUCGUGCCGAUAUCUACUCGAACGUGACCUACCCCUGCAAGAGAAACGGGUUGUAUUCAAGCCCUUCAUCGUCGAUAUGCUGGACGUAAUCACGGUUCCCAUGGCUGAUUUUGCUGGUGAUCAGCAUAAAGUUGACUGUUGGAUGGAUGUUACCAAGGGUCGAUAUCCAGGUAACUCGCCAAUCGAUGGACCGGUCAAGGUGGGAGAGAAUUUAACUCUGGCCAUUUAUAUUCGAGACUCAAGGAAACGAACCGAUAUUCGGGUUAAAGAUUGUUAUGCCUACGAUAACGAGGAAUCGGUCAAUAAUAAAAGUCCCGCUUUGUUACAAUUGUCCGGUGAAGAUGGUUGUCCACUUAAGCCCAAACUCAUGGACAUUUGGAAACGGACAGCGUCCACUGGUACUUCAGAUGCGACGGUACUUGCUUACAGCACUGUUACGGCAUUUAAAUUUCCUGAACACUCGAAUGUCCAUUUAACAUGUAACGUUGAACUGUGUAAGAAUCAAUGUGCCGAUAGGUGUUCACUUGAGCCUAAGGGCAUUGAGGGUUUAAAGGAGGGUGAGAUGAUGAUGGGUGGUGAUGAUGAUAAGGUUGGGAUGAAGAAAACAACAACUUCUAGUGGGUCAUCGUCUGGAUCAGAUGAUGAGGAUGGAGAAGAUGGAGAAUCAAGUAGUAAAAAGGUAGAUGAGGAUGAUGAAGGUGGAGACGGAAGUAGUGAUGUAAAACCUUCAACCACUUCCGGUUCUGCUGCUGCCACUGAAAAAGCUGAUACAAAGAAAAGUGAAAGUGGUGAUGAUGAUGAGGAUGAAGAUAAAUCAACACCAGCUCCAGCUGAUGAAGAUGCAGAUUCUGAUUCAGAGACAUCAUCAUCUAAGCCCGAUGUUAAGCCUGAUUCAAGUUCAUCAACAAAGGAUGAAGAUGAUGAAGAUUCAAAUGACAGUGACAAACCGGCGGAAACUGAACGAGGUGGAAGAAAAUCAUCUGAUGAUGAUGAAGAUGAUGAGAGUUCAUCAAUUGGAUCGACAUCAACCACUACACCAACUCCAACAACUUCCGCCUCAACAACAACAACAACAACUACAACUACAACAGAGAAACCUGAAGAUGCGGAUGAAGAGACGGAUGAAGAUGAAGAUGAGAAACCAGAGGUAUCAUCAACCACAACUUCUACCACAACAUCGACCACAACAACAACUACAACAACCGAAGCACCAAGUGAAAAAUCUGAAGAUGAUGAAGAUGAAGGUGGUGAUGAUGAUGGAGAUGAAGAUUCAUCUCGAAAACGAAGUCUUCGUCCAUCCUCUAAGGAUGAAGAUGAAGAUGAUGGAGAGGAAGAUAAUUUAUCCUCUGGUCUUAAAGCCAAAAAGUCAUCAAAAUCAACAUCACUUUCAGAAGAUGAAGAUUAUGAUGAUUCCCAAUCCUCUCGAGGAUCAUCAACUUCAGUGUCAACCACUACAACCACAACACCGAUUCCCAAGACUCCUUUAAUUAUCGUGAUUAAACCGGAGAAAAAGAUUAAAAAGAUUAAGGAAUCUGCUCGAACUCGAGGAGGACGAAUCGAAACUAGGUCACGUCAAGCAGUUCGUUCAUCAUCUUCAUCAGCUAAACUUUCAUCUUCUUCUAGAUCAUCUUCAUCUCGCUCUCGAGAUUCUUGUUGUUCUGAUAUAACUUCAUCUCGAUCUAGAAUCUCAACAACCAUUAGCACUACAACUAAAUCACCGAUAAUUGCACGAUCAUCGUCUUCAUCUUUAAGGUCAGUUCGACGAACAUCUAGUUCAAACGAAUCAGAGAAAGUUUUAGCUAAACGAAGUAAAUCAACAAGUCGAUCAAAUACCGAGCGAAGUAAAAAGAAAUCUUCAACCAGCACCACUGUUGCACCGAUCAGUACUCGAAGGACUUCAACUACUUCGACUACAACGACCAAAAGACCGAGGAGACGAACGACCACCACCACCACAACAACAGCAACACCAAAAUCCCUGAAUGACACCGCCUCGAAUGAUGAUGAGGAAGAUGCGACUGAACCCCCUCGAAAGUUCAGAAACUCAACUCGAAAACCGAAAAGACCUGUUGUUAGAACUCGAAAAUCGUUAACAGAUCGUUUGUUUAUCCCUCAUACAAAUGAACGCACAACCUCACCACCGACUAAGCCCACGACAACAUCGACAACAGAAAGUUCAACAAUUGAUCGUAAAAGUGAUGUUAGAACAACAGUUAAAAUCGCAUCCAAUAGAUUCUCAACUCGGCAACAUGAUUCCAAUUUGAGAUCAACCUUGAAACCAGCAACAAUCCCUCCUUCAGCCUCCUCACGAAAUAGCCUUAGGUCAACCUCAUCUUCAGCAACACCCAAACGUUUGGCUGAUUUUGAUGAAUUCAAGGAAAACGAAGCCUUAAAUGAUAAUGAAGAGAUUAACACAAAUCUCCCUAAAUCCAGAUCAUCUUUAACUUCAUCCUCAUUUGGAUCAUCAUCCUCAUCAUCUCGUCGUUGGGAUGGAGAUGAAUUGUUCAACCCAUUCAAAGAAAUUGAAUACGAGCCUGUUAGAUUAAACUCCAGACGAAAUCGAAGAUCAACUUACAACUUUUUCGUUAAUCCACCUAAUCCACGAUCGAAUUACUAAUAACGAGGAUUAACAUCUUCUCUCUCUCUCUCUCAUCCAUUCUCCUUUUCAUCCAGUGAUUAAAACCUUUCAUUCACAAUUUUAAGACUCAUACUAUUACCAUGAACCUCAUCAAUCUAAGCAAAUUAUAACAAUCAAUUUAAAUAAUUGCUCUCAUUAUGAAUGACAAUUAAGUGAUUACCAAUUCCUAUUGUCACCGCACAAUAAAAUUAAUUAAACGUCAAUCAACGUUAACUCAACAAUUAGAAACUUUUCCAAUCAUCAUCAUCAUCAUCUUCAUCUUCAUCUUCAUCCUCAUCUUCAUAAUCACCACUUAAUCAUCAUUAAUUAUUACACAUAAAUUGAUUAUAAAAAAAACUACGAACAAUUUAAAUUUCAAUUGAAUGUUAAUUGAAGACAAUUAACAAAAAAAAGUGAUCAAGACGAGAACAACUCAAAGCACAAUCAACAUUAAUCAACUUUCAUCAAUUAGUGCCAAUAAUUAAAUUGUAAUACAUUCAAUCAUCAAGGUCAGACUUGAUCAAUCAACAAACAAUCAGUUAAUCACUAAUUCAUUAAACAGUUUAAUCAAAUUUAUUGAGAUCAACCAAUCAAACAGCAAACCUGUUAAUCAUAAUAAUUAAAUCAUGAUACAGUUAAAUUACAAACAAAUACAUCUCUAAGGCUAUCAACACCAUCAACAAUUAACGGAUUGAUCAAUAUCAAGAAAAAUUGUAUAACAGUCAUUAUUGGAUUCCAACAAUUAAAAGCCAUUUAAUUGUUCAAUUAUUUAAAUGAUUGAUUGUUGAUUAAUAUCACAAUGAUUUAAAGUUAACAAUAAACGGAUAAUAUUAAUUUCGUAA